AUGCUCAUGAUCUAUCUCCUGUACGCUGCUGGCGGAGUACUAGUGCUGCAAUGCAUGUUCGUGCUUUAUAAUGCCUUCUUUGGCCCGUUGCACGAAGUACCUGGUCCUUUACUUGCCAAAUUCACCAACUUUUGGUAUCUACGUAGCGUCUGGACUGGGCAAGCUCAAUGGGACCAAAUCACAAUACACCGCAAGUACGCCAAGAAGGGAGAGUUCUACGCCCCAGUUGUCCGUCUUGGACCGAAAAUGUACUCGAUCUCGCGGCCGCAUAAUUUGGUAUACGGUAUAGGCUCGAAGAUGCCGAAGAGCCGUUGGUAUGAUGUCUGGAAGCACCCGUCGGCAGGGCGAUGGACUCUCUUUCCGGACCGCAACAUGAAAAGGCAUGCAGAAAUGAGAAGAAAAGUGCAGAGCAUGUACGCAAUGUCGAGCAUGCUGUGUUACGAGACGUAUGUGGAAGGUGCUGGAGAUAUUUUCAGCCAACGACUUGCAGAGAUGUGUGUAGAUGGACGCCCUGUUGACAUGCAUCACUGGCUCCAGUGCUAUGCGUUUGACGUGAUCAGUAACAUCACAUAUGGACGCCGUUUCGGCUUUUUGGAUGAGGGCAAGGAUAUCGCAGGAAUUAUCGCCGCACUAAACGCCAACACUGUGUACUCUACACUAGUUGGGGUUUACGUUUGGGCACACCGCUUUCUGUACAAGAUCAUGGAAAAAAUGCCUGGCUCUGGCGCCGCAGCACGUAGGUGGCUGAUCAACUUUACGCAGGAAAUGAUCGCGAGCAAAGAAACAGAACGUGGGAAGAUUGCGACAACGGGCAGGACAUGGAUGCCCGCAGCAGGCGCGCCCCGAGAUCUCAUGACGCUGGCCAUGGACGCCGUACUAGACCCGGAAAAGAAUAUGACAACGUACGACUUGUUCAUGAUCGGCUUUUCGAACAUAGGCGCUGGCUCAGAUACGACUGCAAUAUCCUUGAGCAGCGUGCUUUGGCAUCUCAUCUCGAAUCCAAUUGCGCUGCAGCGCUUGCGUGCCGAAAUCGAUCAGGCUAUAAUGGAUAGAAAGAUGACAGUAGACCGCAUACCAUUCAAGCAGAGCCAAGAGCUGUACUACUUGCAAGCCUGUGUCAAGGAAGGUCUGCGGCUUUGCGCAGCCAUAGGUCUCCCACUCUGGCGUGAAGUGUCGAAAGGCUGCGGUGGCGCGGAAAUGUUUGGUUACUACUUCCCCGAAGGCAGUGAGGUCGGCAUGAACGUCUGGGUACCACACUAUAAUGAAGACAUCUGGGGCCCCGAUGCGGCUCGAUUUAGGCCCGAGAGAUGGAUUGAAAGUAGUCCCGAACGACUGAAGGUUAUGGACAGCUCGUUCAUGCCAUUUGGUUUAGGUUCCAGGACUUGCAUCGGACGACACAUUUCAUUCUUAGAGAUGAACAAAGUCAUACCGAUGAUCAUCUCCAGAUUCGACUUCGAACUUAUUAACCAGCCAGGCAUUCUCGAAACCAAGAACUAUUUCUUCGUGAAGCCCAGCAACUUCAGAGUUGUGGUGAAACAGCGAGCUUAGACAUUGCCAUAUAUAGUCACGCAUCAUGUGACCCAUCCUAGGUCGGGUGCAUGCCCACCGAAGACCUUUCUAGCGCGAAGGAUACGCGAUCGUCUGGCCACGGUGUCGCUUCGUACGCUGUCGGGGGCAAGAUGGCUUCUAUGUACUACCGUCUAGGCGGGGCAUUUCGCUGCGACAUCGAGCCGGACAGUUCGCUCUAUAUAGCGGUCUAGACGCCUUAUAAUUCUUCG